UCUCCUUCUCAGUUUUCCUGGUCCUUUCGAGACUGCAGCCAUGUUAACCGAUGAAUUGCAAGAUCUUUACAAGCCAUUCUACACCGUUUCGCAUUCUUCACCUGCACAAAAUAGCCCAGUAGGCCCAACUACUCCUUCUGAUUCCGUUUCUGUCUGCAAAGAAACGAAAGAAGAACCUGAAGAAGUUCAUCAGCAGAAAGUAAAGGUUCACGGGGACCAACCUCCUGCUGCUACUGCAACCUCUACCUACAUGCCAAAAUACAAGAGAAGGAAGAAUCAGCAAAAAAGAGUUGUGCUCCAAUCAACAGCCAAAGAUCUCUCUUCUGAUAAGUGGGCUUGGCGCAAAUACGGGCAGAAACCAAUUAAAGGCUCUCCCUACCCAAGGAGCUACUAUAGGUGUAGCAGCUCAAAAGGAUGUAUAGCUAGGAAGCAAGUCGAACAAAGCUGCACGGAUCCGAGUAUAUUUGUCAUAACCUACACGGCGGAGCACAAUCAUAGCCAGCCAACCCGCAAGAAUGCUCUUGCUGGUACCGUCAGGCACAAGUUUUCUACUACAAAGACCCCUACCGGUAGCAACUCGAAAGCAGCCAAAAAAGGAAAUUCCGGGGGAUGUUCUCCAAACCCCGGUUUAGUUUUGUCCUCGCCAGAAACCCGUUUGCUUGCAGACGAAGAAGAAUCUCAGGAAAGAAAUAUAGAAAGAGAGAUCAAGGAUGAAAAUGAUGGGCAAAUAGUUGAUGUGAAGCCUGAUAACGGAGUUUUAAUCCCAGAAGUUAUGUUUGAUGAUGACUUCUUUUCGGGCAUAUGCGACUGGAAUGCAUUUAUGUCAGAAUUGGGUGAUGGCCGUCGUUUAGCCGAAACCGUUUCCUCUGACUCUGACCUUCUACAGCCAAUCAUACCAGUAUAAUUACUCUGUUGGGGAAAUCAGAUACUACUAU